CUGCCCUGAGGCUGUGAAACACUGCUCUCUGUGUUCUUUCCUCAGUGCUGGGCUGCCCGUGGAAGAUCCUGAUAAGGCGCGAUCAAAAAAGCCUAAAGCAGGUAUUGCACAGGACAGAGAUUAUACCACCCCUGAGCGUGAAGUUCAGGAAGUUUCUGCUGUGCUGAAGUGGCCGGCCAAGGCAGCCAGUGAACACCAGGAGGCUUCAGCCAGCCAUGCUGCUCCCGUCGCAGAACAGACUCAGUCCACUUCUUCUGACCCUUCAUCUAAACGACCGGCAGGUUCUGCACUAGAAGUAGAAAUGCUACAGAUUGACCCACUGCCUUGUGGAACCAAUGCUUGCUUGACUAAGGAAACACUGUCCCUUUCUCAUAAGACAAUCCCAUGUCUGAGCGCGAGCAGGAAACACCACAUCAAACCUGUUCCGGACAACAUCUUGACACUGAGGCCGCCCAUUAAGGAGCGCCCUGGGCCGGAAUCGACACCUUCUGAGGUCAGCAAAAUGGGGAGGCUCUUCUGUGCUGCGGAAGAGUAUCUGCAGCAACUCUUGAAAAUUCCUGAUAAACCCAGCUUACGUGGGAGAAGAACUUCCCGCGAGGUCAUGGGGAAGCAGGCCAUGUCAAGGUACAACAGCCCAGCGGCCAGCUCCCCCCUACAUGGAAGAGCAGUGAAACAAGCUGUUGCAGGGGGAGCUGAAACAUCAGCAGAGGGCUUCCACGAGUUCCCCCAGGCACCUCUUGUCCUCCACACGCAUGAAGAGAAGCCGCCGAGAACCUCAGAGAAGCCCGAACGCCUUUCUCCACUGACAGAGGCCAUGGAGAGAGAGGUCGCUGCGGCGUUUGGCCCAGGGGAGCCAGACGAAAUCCUGAGCAGCGCCUUUAAACUCAACAUCACGCGUGAGGACAUCUGCACCCUGAGGCACCUGCGUUGGCUGAACGAUGAGGUGAUCAACUUCUACCUGAUGCUUCUCAGUGAAAGAAGCAAGAAGACAGGAUACCCAGCCAUCCAUGUGUUCAGCACGUUUUUCUACACAAAAUUAGUUUCUGGGGGUUACCAGAUAGUGCGCAGGUGGACUAGAAGUAUAGACCUCUUUAAGCAAGACAUCGUCCUGGUCCCCGUUCAUCUCAGAGCGCACUGGGCCCUCGUGGCCAUAGAUAUGCGGAAGAAAACCAUCAGGUACUUCGACUCAUUUGGACAGAACGGGGGUGAGAUCUGUGCUACUUUGUUCCAAUACCUGCAAGAAGAACACCGGGAGAAGAGAAGACUGGACCUGCCGCCUUCUGAAUGGACUCUGCACAGCAUGGAGCCGCAUGAAAUCCCCCAGCAGUUUAAUGGCAGCGACUGCGGUGUGUUUGUGUGCCAGUACGCGAAUCACAUCUCGCGAGACCAGCCGCUCACAUUCACCCAGAGUCAUAUGCCUUAUUUCCGGAGGAAGAUGGUA